CACCAUGGGUAUGGCAAAGUUUACUUAUUUGUCAGAGGAAGUUUUAAAAGGCUUUGAUAAUUAUAAGUACAGUUCAGUUGAUACUAGUCCCAUCAGUAAAUAUGUUACACAUCCUUUCUGGAACUGGGUAGUUGAGUUUUAUCCAAGAUGGAUAGCACCAAAUCUGCUGACACUGACAGGUUUCCUACAACUUGUGGCUAACUUUUUCUUAUUAACAUAUUAUGACUGCAGUUUUUAUGCUGCUAGUAAAGACCAUCCUGAGAGUCCUCCUGUUCCAAACUGGGUGUGGUUAGUGUGUGGAUUGAAUAUGUUUAUUUCACAUACAUUAGAUGGGACAGAUGGAAAGCAAGCCAGAAGAACCAAAACAAGUAGCCCAUUGGGUGAACUUUUUGACCAUGGUUUAGAUAGCUGGGUAACAUUAUUUAUGCCAGUGGCGAUGUACUCUGUGUAUGGUCGUGGAGAGAGUGGUGUCAAUGUAUUCAGAGUGUUCUUAAUAACUGUUGGAGUACAGUUUUGUUUCAUGCUAUCACAUUGGGAGAAAUACAUUACAAAUGUUUUGUUCCUGCCUUGGGGUUACGAUUUAAGUCAGCUUGGUUUGACAUUCAUAUAUCUGUUAACUUCCAUGGGUGGACAUGAUAUGUGGAAAUUUAAAGUACCUAUAGUUGAUAUGUUUAUGUCAGAAGUAUUUGAAAUUAUAUGUUAUGUUGGAUUUUUUGGAUUAACCAUGCCAUUUACUCUGUGGAAUAUUUAUGAGUCAUAUAAAAAUAAAACUGGAAAAAUGCUAAGUUUGUGGGAAGCCAUGAGACCUGUAAUAGCAACUAUUAGUUUGUUUUCCUUGAUGAUAAUCUGGGCCAAGUAUUCCAGUUGUGAUAUUAUAGAAUUAUAUCCUAGACUGUUCUACCUAACAACAGGGACAGUAUUUUCAAAUAUUACAUGUCGUUUAAUUAUUGCUCAGAUGAGUAAUACCCGUUGUGAAGUAUUCCACUGGAUGUUAAUACCUUUAUGUUGCAUAGUGGCAGUAGUUAUAUUGAUGGCUCCUGGAAAUCUAGAAAUAUACAUCUUAUGGUGUUAUGCUUUAAUAGUCAUUAGUGCACAUGUCCAUUUUGGAUGUGGUGUUGUGAGAGAAAUGUGUGAACACUUCAAGAUAAAUGCUUUAACUAUCAAGCAUGCUGAUUGACUAGAGGCUGAAUCAGCAGACGUCUGAAAUCCUAUUGUUGUAAUACAGUGUUGUGAUCUCUUGUAAACAUUGCCUCAGUAUUGUAACAUGAACUUAUUGGGUAGGAAUUCCUCCAAGCAUUAAUUAUAUACUUAAGCGAGAAGUUAGUAUCAGUGUUUUUUUUAACAUUCCAUAGAUUUCUUUUAAAAAGAAGUUUGUUAAAUCCUUUUCACAGUUUGAAUAAAGAUUUUUUUCUUCAAUUCCUUCAUUAGCAGUUCACUUUUUGUAUAUAUAUUGUCAUCUGUUCUUAUGCAAUAACAGUUCUUCUCGACAUACAGACAAAAAACAAAAAUAAACGAGAGAUGGAAAAGUUUCACAUUUCAAAAUUAACUCAUAGCAAAGCUUUUGAUGUUAUUUUAUCAGUCAGUGUAGUCAAUAAUUUAUUUUGUUCGUAAAAAAGGUGAUGAUGAUAAUGAUAAUUCAUUUUGCAUAAAAUAUGUAUCGUUAUAAAUGUAUGAAAUGUUUGUUUAGUAUUUUAGCAAAAAUGGAUAAUUUUGUCAAUGUGCCAAUUAUUGAUUGUUGUAAUUUAUGAAUUUCAUGUUCUGUAUUUCAAAGAAACAAUAAGACAGAUAUAUUUCUUCAGUCUUUGGUUGACAAGUACAAUUAGACAGAUGUAAACUGUAUAGCCAUGUAUUAAUGUUUUAUUGGAUAUUUAUGUUUUAAUUCAGGGCCUCACCAUUAUAAGUGAUGUAAAUUAUGUAAAUAUGUAUUCUUUUAUUUUUUAUCUAUCAAUCCAAAGAAUAAAUUUUUGAAUAUAUAUUUUAUUGUCCAUCCAAUUAUUUUUUUUAGUGUUUAUUGUUUUACGUUAUUUGUAACAAAUUUGCUAUGUUAUCAUCGAAAAUCUAGUCACUGUAUUAGUCUUAGUGACAAAAGUAUAUACAUAAUUAAGAUAAGGUUAAUGCAUGUGUACAAAGAUCUAUAUUUAUUUGAGUUGGUUCCCAUCAAGAAAACCAGGCUCCAAUAAGGUAUCAUUUAUAAAAUGUAUUGGUUAAAAAUAGAACUCCAUUAAUUUUGUCAGUUUAUUGCUAGGUUAUGUUGUACAUCAAUGAAAAUGUGAUUACUUCUGGUAAAACAUAAUGAAUACUUAAUAUUGAGUCCUAUUGAGAGUCCAUUUGAUAGUUAUGUUCUCCAAUUGACAAUAUUCACUAAUAUGCUUGAAAAAUGAUUACUGUUUUUGAGGAAAACCACUUAAAUUUCAAAGGCAGUAAAUAUUAAUCAUGAGUUUUAUGAUUUUCUUUAUUCUAUCAUCUGAUGUCAUGUUAUAUGCCUGCAAUUCACACUUUACACAGUAAUCAAAUUUUUAUACGACCGCAAACAAAUUUUGUGGUCGUAUAUUGGUAUGACGUUGGCGUCGUCGUCGUCCGAAGACACAUUGGUUUUCGCACUCUAACUUUAGUUUAAGUAAAAGGAUCUCUAUGAAAUUUUACCAUAAGGUUCAAUACCACAAAAGGAAGGUUGGGAUUGAUUUUGGGGGUUAUGGUACCAACAGUUAAGGAAUUAGGGGCCAAAAAUAAGCAUUUUUGUAACUUCCAGACACAACUUGUGUUCAAGUGUAUGGAUCUCUCUGACAUUGUACCACAAGGUUCCAUAUCACAAAGGGAAGGCUGGGAUUGAUUUUGGGGGUAAUUGCCUCAAAAUUUUAGGAAUUAGGGGCCAAAAAAGGGGCAAAAAACAAGCAUUUUUCUAGUUUCAUGACAAUAACUUGUGUGUAAGUGUAUGGAUCUUUCUGAAAUUGUACUACAAGGUUCCAUAUCAAAAAGGGAAAGCUGGAAUUGAGUUUGGGGGUAAUUGCCCAAAACGUUUAGGAAUAAGGGGCAGAAAAGGGGCAAAAAAUAAGCAUUUUUCUAGUUUCCAGACAAUAACUUGCGUUCAAGUGGAUGGAUCUCUCUGAAAUUGUACUGCAAGGUACCAUACCACAAAGGGAAGGCUGGGAUUGAUUUUGGGGGUAAUUGCCUCAAAAUUUUAGGAAUUAGGGGCCAAAGAGGGGCAAAAAACAAGCAUUUUUCUAGUUUCAGGACAAUAACUUGUGUGUAAGUGUAUGGAUCUUUCUGAAAUUGUACUACAAGGUUCAAUAUCACAAAGGGAAAGCUGGGUUUAAGUUUGGGGGUAAUUGCCUAAAACGUUUAGGAAUUUGGGGCCAAAAAGGGGCCAAAAAACAAGCAUUUUCUAGUUUCCAGACAAUAACUUGUGUUCAAGUGUAUGGAUCUCUCUGAAAUUGUACUGCAAGGUACCAUACCACAAAGGGAAGGCUGGGAUUGAGUUUGGGGGUGAUGAAUCAUAAGGGGGUUCAAAAAAUUUGGGGGGAGGGAUUUUUUUUUUUUUUAAUUUUCAAUUUUAAAUUGGUUAUUUCUGAUUUAUAUAUUAAAGCUAAUAAUAAUGAUAUGGUUUGAAUAGGUAAAUUGAAAAUUUAUAAUUUCUUAGACCACAUUCAUUCUGUGUCAGAAACCUAUAUUGUGUCAAAUAUUUAAUCACAAUCCAAAUUCAGUGUGUAUCAAGCUUAAAUGUUGUGUCCAUACUUGCCCCAACUGUUCAGGGUUCGACCUCUGCGGUCGUAUCAAGCAGCGCCCAGCGGAGCAUUUUAUCUGAAGUCAAAUUGAGUAAAAUUUUAACACAUUGUAAAGAUUGAUGAAGAAAACUAAUACAAUUUAGGCAACUGUAUGAGUAAUUGUUUUGGGGGAAUUUAAAUAGUUUUUACAAUUCCAUUAAAGUAUGAAAGCUCUCUAUGUAUAUUGAAGAUUGUCUUAAUAGUUUUUUUGUUUUUUUUUGAGUAAUGGAGGAUGAGGUGCAAUAUGACUCUUUGUACCACAAAACAAAUUUAUAAAUAUCAGUUUUUCAUUUUUUAUAAAAUUUCACCAAAAUAUAAAGAUUUUAUUGACUUUACCAGGUUUACCAGAAAAGUGAUAAAAGUAGAUUCAAAUUAUACAUCUGUAAGUGAUUUGCAAACAAAUCAGACCAUAUACUGUAUAUUCAGAAAUUAUUGCAAGGUUUUUAUUAAUCGAGUAAUUGGACUGGAUAAGAAUACAUAUAUUUGUAUACCGACCUUUCUGAAAUCACAAUAAUUAAUCUCGAAUUUUUGUUCAUACUUCAAAAAUCGCAAUAAUAAAUGCAUACAAUAAUUUCUGAAUUAACAGUUAUCUUGCAAAGAAUACUAUUAAUUGUUGCUCAUAAUAUUUUCAUGUAUAUAAUAUUAUUUUAAUACUCAUGACAUAAGGGAAUUAUUUACUUAUGUAAGGGUCAAAGAGAACAAAGUAUGAAUAGAGACAUUUGUGGCAAAGAUAUAAAUUGUACAAUUUUAUGUGUCUUGUUUUAAGUGAUGCUAUGAUUGUCCUAAAUUUACAGCAUGUUCAACAACUGUGAUGUGAAAAUAAAAGGAUUAUAACAAG